AUGUACAUUCCUGUCCUCUUUGCAUUCGUCGCGCUUGCUUCGGCAGCACCCCUAGACUUCAACACACCCUCGAAAAGGGCCCUUCCGACACCGGUGAGCGUCGCCACUGCCAAGACCUAUCUAUCUGAACUGACAGUAGCAGCCGACUCCAACUCCCCUGCCUACUCUCGAGAUCUUUUCCCUACCUGGGACACAAUCUCAGGAUCGUGCGAUACAAGAGAGACAGUUCUCAAGCGCGACGGAACAAGUGUCGUAACUGACAGUUCGUGCAGUGUUACUAGUGGUACAUGGACAUCCCCGUAUGAUGGUGCAAAAUGGACCGCUGCGUCUGAUUUAGAUAUCGAUCACAUUGUUCCUCUCAAGGAAGCUUGGGUUUCUGGAGCUCGUAGCUGGACGACCGCGCGUAGAGAAGCGCUGGCGAAUGAUUUGACGAGACCCCAGUUGUUGGCUGUUACCGACAAUGUGAACCAGUCUAAAGGAGAUAAAGAUCCUGCAAACUGGAUGCCCCCAUCAACUUCGUAUCAUUGCACGUAUAUCAGAGCAUGGAUCACCGUUAAGCAUUAUUAUGGACUUACGGUUGACUCGGCUGAGAAGACUGCUUUGACUAGUUAUCUUUCGAAAUGUUAG